UUUCGUUUCCUCGCGGGCCUCAGGCGGUCGUUCGUCUUCCGCGGCCGCCGUCCGCGCGCGUCCCUUCCCGUCCCGCAGGAGCGCCAUGGCGGAGCUGGUCCCCCUGGCCGAGGAGCUGUCGUGCUCCAUCUGCCUGGAGCCCUUCAAGGUGCCGGUCACCACCCCGUGCGGCCACAACUUCUGCGGCUCGUGCCUGGACGAGACGUGGGCCGUCCAGGGCCCGCCGUAUCUGUGUCCGCAGUGCCGCGGCGUCUACCACGCGCGGCCGCAGCUGCGCAAGAACACGGUGCUGUGCGCGGUGGUGGAGCAGUUCCUGCAGGCCGAGCAGGCCCGGGCGGCGCCCCCGCCCCCCGACGGCUGGAAGCCGCCCGCCCGCGCCGCCGCGCCCAGCCCGGCGGGCCCGGUGGCCUGCGACCACUGCCUGAAGGAGCCCGCCGUCAAGACGUGCCUGGUGUGCAUGGCCUCCUUCUGCCAGGAGCACCUGCAGCCGCACUUCGACAGCCCCGCCUUCCGGGACCACCAGCUGCAGGCCCCAGUCCGGGACCUGAUGCGCCGCAAGUGCCCCCAGCACAACCGGCUGCGGGACUUUUUCUGCCCCCAGCAUGACGAGUGCAUCUGCCACAUCUGCCUGGUGGAACACAAGGCCUGCUCGCCUGCGUCCCUGAGCCAGGCCAGCGCCGACCUGGAGACCAAGCUGAAGCAUAAGCUGACUGUCAUCUACAGCCAGAUCAACGGUGCCUCGAGGGCGCUUGAGGAGGUGAGAGCCAGGCAGCAGGAUGUGCGGGUGAGUGACCGGGCUCUCCACUGCCAGCUCGGCCCUGGGCUCCGGUUGGCUUCACGCACGGUGUCGGGAAUAGAUAUCCACCUUGCAAGACAUCCAGAAAGCUAUGUCCCCAGGAAAGAUCCUUUGUAGACGUAAACUGAAGACAAUGCAUAAGCCCUGACCUUGGUGUGGGGAGGACAGGGGCAAUCAUUAAAAAUUAGGGCUAUAAAGUAGUA